AUGCAACUUCGAUUUAGAAGUGGUCCUACCGUUGCGCUCUAUCGUGUUCCUAAUGCACUUCCUGGCAGGUCAUCAUUUUUGGGUUCUGUGCUCUUGUCCAUAGGCUGCCACUCUUUGUACGUAACCCGAUUCGUCGACACGACGUUUUUUGGUACGUACAUAAUCAUUAGACUCAUCUCCGGGCAAGUGUGCCAUGCGUCGUCGUUGUGCGAGGAAGACGACGACUCGAUUCCGCAACAUGCCGGAGACGUCGUGAGUUGCAUCUGCUCCAGACCGAAAACAGACAUGGUCCAAAAUCUGAGCAAGAAGUUGCAGUACAUCAUCAAUCACCGACACACUUGUUGCGGAUGCAUGAAUCUGAAGACCGCCGCCUUCCUGAUCGGACUGGUGGACAGCUUCUUCUGGUCAGCGGCAGUUGCCAGAGGCAUUUAUUUGUACCUGCACAUCAGUCGAAAUCCACUGGCCACCAACUGGCUGAUCGUCUCGUUGCCAUUGUUGGUGGUAAGCUGCUUUGCGAUUCUUCUCAUGCUUUAUGGCAUAUGGAAGGAAAAGUACCUAUGGAUUCUGCCGCAAAUCGUCGUCAAGAUUACCACCAUCCUCAUAUCAACGGCGCUCGCCGCGCUGUUCACUUACCUGCUGAUCACCCAGCCACAGAUGGCCGUGCAUCUAACGGCGCCAAUUUUGGCCGAGGUGGACUCGACUUCGCUGAAGAACGCCAUCAAAGUCGGCGGAUCCGUAUUCAUGCUAGGAAGCAUCGUUUUCAUACUCUUUCAAAUGUGGUUCACCGUCACCCUCAUCACCUGCUACAAAGUGUACAGGGUACUGUACUUGAUCCGAUGCCUUCAGGAUCAAAACGUCCUGUGCCGCAACAUCAAUCUGUCGAUGUUGGCGGGAUAA